GUCGCAACGUUCGAUACAGGUAGGAUUGGUUGCAUUUAGCAAUUCGUUAACCGGUGCUCUAUUAUUUGCAUUACUCUUUUCCUAAUAGACGGCAAACGACGCAGUUGAAAGUGCUAAUGAAAUUGGUGUAUUUCAAUGAUUGAUUUAUAGUUUAAAACCGAAUAAGGUCAUGUCAUUUUAACCAUCAUCAUCAUGGAGCGUAAUGGAAUGAUAGAUGCAUUGGAACGCUUUUGGGAACCCAGCGAGACACCACCAUGGCUGAAGGAAUCAUUGGAAACCAUAGCGGCAAGUUAUCAAAACACAAGAGCUGAACUGAAUCAGAUUGACAGUCAACAACUAUCAGAGUACCACCAGCUGAUGUUCUACCACGAUCACGGUUUGGCAGUCCAUCUGAACAACUGUUACUUUCUGGGAAAGUUAGAUUUACACAGCACGCAGAUAUUUCUGAACCGUUGCCUGCAGAAUUACGACAAAAUCCCUGCCGAUGAUCGGGACCACUCGGUGGACGAUUCGAGUGAACAUGUCAGGGAGCUACUGGAAGAGGUCACCGGAGAACGCCACAAACUGACCGCAUCACUCAAAAGCUCAACUCACAAGGAAUAUGUCGAAAGUUGUCUUGCGUUGGGCAGCAUAGAUAACAAUUCUGAGCUGCUUCCUCAUCUGCAAGAAUGUUCGGGCCAGGACAAGAAGCACCUGGGACAGCUACUUUGGUGCACACAACUGGUUCGUCUCGUCAUCUCCCUGGAGGAAGCAGCUCUCGGGCUAACAUUUCAACGGGCUGAGAUUCCUGCCCAAAAUGAGACAUGUUUGGCCCGAGCGUAUCAUCUUGUCCAGCACGGCGAGCCUAGCAAAGGUGACUCGAAACGUCCAAACCCGGAACAUAAACCAGACAGAGAGGAAGUGUUGUACGGCGGUGCAAAGGAACGCGUUAGAAGUACGAUUUACAGCGAGGUGAUGCAGUACAAAAUGUCCUUGGAACAGGUAAAGUGCGCUGUCGUGCGUGAUAUUGGGCAGGAGCUAAGUGCGAUAGACAUCGCUUUCGUGGAGGAUGAGUACAAAACAAUUUGCUUGGAUCAGUGCUUGGAGGAAAUUACACAGUCAAUGGCGUCAUUUUUGAGAGGUAGUAAAGAAAUUGACAUUUUGAACAAUUUAAAUUUAAUAGAGCAUAUGAAAUCCUGGGAUGAUAUCCCAGAGCAUUUUAAAACAUUGGACUAUCAUAAAGAAUUGCUCAAAUUAACACUGAACGAAGAUGAAGAACAUUCUAUAGUACAACGUUUUAAAGUCGUAUGUUUGGAACAUAUUGACAACUUUUGUGAAUCCGUUAAGGGUGAGCUAGGAUUGUUAAGUUGCCUAACGAGUUAUCUGAGCCAGUCUCGUAACGUAAAGGUAGUGGCAGGUAGAUUAGGUGCCAGGGAACAAUCACCAAAGGUAGAUUUCAGGAAUGUUAUGAAUCUAACCGACCUAGAAAAUAAUGAACACCUAACGGAACUGAAGUGCAUGGUCAGCAACUUGCCACAAGGGACCCAACUGAUUAUUGAAGACAAAAUACAAGAAACCAUUCGCCGUUUUAUCGACCCAGUGCAAGUUGAUACCGUCAUGAUAGACGGUCGAGCAGUAGUUGAAGUUUUGGGAAAGCAUAUUUUGCUAAGUGAUGUUCUGGAAUCGGUAGAAAACGAGCUUGCAAACGAAUUGAGCAUAUCUGAAGUGCGCUUCAUCGGUUGGGAAGUAUUCCAUGUGGACGCCGAUCUUGUGAACGACAUCUGGUACGGGAAAAAUAUCGCUGUAAGAUCUAAGCUCGUCAUGGUGCAUGGAACAGUGGUGUGGGAUGUGUCUGGGAAGCACUGCGUUCACACGUACAGUCCAGCCCGCUCAGCUAUUGCUGUGGGAGGGGAGGGAAGCUCAGGCCUAGAUGGGCUUCCCGGUGAAAGUGGGGGCAAUGUUUUAAUUUUAACGGAACGAAUGACCCACUGCGAGCAACUUUCAAUCAUUUCCAAUGGAGGUAACGGUGGUGACGGUCAAGACGGUGGAAACGGGCAAAAAGGGCAAGAUGGGGUUGGCAUAAAGCGAGAAGAGCUUGAAAAAGAUUUCAAGUCACCGGUAAGAUUCAUAGCUCUAGCGAGCACUAGGGCAAAAGGUGCCCAAAGGAUGGUCGAGCAAAUCGCUCGAAGAUUUCCCACUACCAGCAAAAAAGAAAUACGAGACAGUGAAUAUUUCAUUGAAGCUUGUGGCUUGGAAGGUCAAAGGAUAGUUUUUUCAUACUGUGAACCAAAAAUAUUUCAAAACUACAGCCAUUGCUACCUUGUCUACAAGGGUUCGUUGGGUAAACCUGGUGGCCAAGGGGGUGACUUUGGACGAGAAGGCCAAGGGGGAUUUCCCGGGCAUAUCGUAGUGAAGAAUAUUGCAUCAGGAGAAAUUUUCAAUGUUCAAAAAUCAACUACCCGGGGCCAGGAUGGUCGCCCAGGAGCAGCUGGAUUGUAUGGCAACACUGGCCUCAACGGUUGGGACAUGGGCUAUCUGGAUUACCAGAUGUGGAGGUUGACUUAUUACUACGGAGAAGACUACAAAAGUAAAUUCACUGUCAAGUAUCAUGACGAUUCCAGAAAGGACAGUGUUUGGUGUUGGCAUAAGAACAAAUAUGCCAGCAUUACACAUGCCACCAGACCGGAAAAUAGUUUCCAAAAUUGUCACCAAAGACGACAAUUUGUACAACGCGAUCGCAGACAAACAUCGGCAGCCGUAAUGAAGAAAACAAUCGUUGAGAGCUCCUUCACCGCCAAGUACGACCAGUACUUUAAUUCUGUUGACGAAAAUGUCCUCUUGAACAUAUACAAUCGCAUGGAGUGCAUCCGGCAACGAGCCAUGGACGGAUCCGUGGAACAGCGCAAAAAAACCAACAAAAGACAAAGAGUUCACCAUUUAAUAUCUCAUCAUAACAUCGAACAAGACAUAGGAGAACCUCUACCAAAAAUACCAAGUACAACCAAGCGCAAUACCUUCAAAUCUACAUCAUUAAUGAGUUCAGCAUUUAAAAGUGAUUCGGUGGUCAACUGGAAGCAACUUCGGCAUUGUCGAAUUGAAAAAUCUGAUUUUCAAGGCAAAUUAGUUUUGUUUGAAUCACUCAAAAAAAAGCAAACUAAACUAACAGCAAAAGAUGUACAUACCAUUGAGCAAAUAUUGAUUGACAAAUAUAAGCUUUUAGCUUUCGAAGAAUUUUCCGACAAAAUUGAUGCAGAUACCAUAAAUAAUGACUAUUUAGAGUUAGCAUCACGAUAUACUUCGAUUUGCCUCGAAGAAGAUCGUAAGCAAAGUGGCAUCGCUUGGCAUGACUCUUUGGGCACACUGGAUGAAUAUCUGUUUCAAACCACCAACAAAAGACAGCAACAGAAGCUUUCUUUCUAUUGUGAGUCUUACCGCAAGCACUUUCCACCAUCAGUUGUGCAAGCCUUCUUGCUGGAAGUUGCAAUUUCCAAAAACGUUGUCCCAUCCGUUCAGACCCACCUGGAUCGAUACAAGUUUUUUGCUGAACUUCAGGACUAUGACUCUGCUGUUUUGAGGGACCAAUUUGCGAAAGAGUUAGUUCAGUCCACCUUUUCAAAUUCGGUUGUUCGUUUAUGGUACCACGGAAAUGAAGAUUUAACUCUUGCCCCGAAACUAAUCGACGACAUAAAUCGCGAUUAUCGUCUAGGUAAUCUUCGUGCUCGUUACAUCAACAGUCUGAUACCGCAAUUUGGCUGGGGUCAAUGUUUGCAAGAUGAUCAAUUUUUCGAAACAUUUCGAUCUACGAUUGUACGCGAAGGACCCUUAACAGGCAGUUUUAGAGAGCUGUUGGCCACUGCUUUUGGGGUAAAUAUCCGAAUUUAUGUUCGGGACUCCCGUGGUAAGCUAUCUCUGCAACACAAUCACAACCCGGAAGCGAACGGGAUCGUAUACUUACUGCAGCAAAAUGAUUCAUUCUUCAAACUAAGUUUAAAUGAAAAUCUUAUGAAGUUGGAAGAUAGUCGGCGAUCACGAGCCAAAAAGUAUUCCGAAAUAUCGGCCCAUUUGACAUCACUCGGCGAAAAACAGUUGAUUGAUUCUUUCAUGGCAGAUGAUUUGUUAAUGCGUAGUGCUACUAAAAGCGAUGAAAAGAAUUUGUGCAAUGUCAAUCUUGUAGAGGACCUAGUGAAAUAUUUUUCAUUUGGAGAGCGACAUACUGUAGAAAAGUUGUUUACUAAAAGUGAUGUUUCAAACAGUGCCCACAAUCAACUUUUGCGAAACCUGUUGCUAAGAUUUGAUACUGAGGGUAAACAUAUUUCAACUGAUGAAGUUUAUUUUCUUGUGAAUCACUACCUAAUUGCAUGUGCUGAGGGACUGCAUGAGGAAACCAUCACAAGCUGGAUUGUGUUAGCUUAUCCGCAGCACUACUGGGUUAGAGAGAUACUUCUGCUAAACUUGGAGCGAUACUUUAAAGAAUUGUUAGUAAAAAAGUCGGAAUGGAGAUUACACCUAUCAAAGGUAGAAAAUAAAUCAAUUCUGAUUUUGUUGAGUAGCAAACUCGACCAGAAGAAACCAGAAAACUCUCUAACUGUUGAAAAAGUGGACCGAAUGUUACGAUUGUUAUACCUCAGUAACAUCAAACCUGAAGCAUUGCAAAAGCUAGAUCUUCCUGAGUGGUUUUAUGUGCUGGAGGAGAUUUUCUGGACAGAAAAGCUUAAAGAAAUCGCUCGUUGGCCGCAAAAUAGCCAGAAGUUUAAAGAAGCAUCGUACUACACAGUAUCCUUGCUGAACAACUAUAGCUUCGAAAUGAUUGAAAAGCUUUUCGACAAACUUGAACGUCAUCAUGUAACUGAUAUCAACAUUGUCAAUACAUUAUGGAAUGUCUACAAUGGAAGGUGCAUUCUUACUGAAGAAGACAUUGGUUCCCUAGAUGAAGUCGGUUUUCCUGAAUGGUUGAAAAAAAUGAAAAAUCAAGCUAUUGACUAUCAAGAACGAGGUAUCGCUAUUUUAGUGCAACUUAUUCUCGAAAACAAACAUGCUUCUGAGAAUAUUUUGAAGAAAAUGCCAGAAAUUAAAAAGGACAUCCAAAAAAUGAACAGAGAAAGAGGAAUAAUAAACAAUCUUUUGAAAAAAGACCCAACAAAUCUACUGACCAAUGUCAAAGGAAAAUUUUUCAAAGGAUAUAUGUCACAAACUGUAAAAUUUGCUAACAAAAGCACACUCGAUAAACUUAGGGAUAUUGACGAUGCCAUUCAUGAAAACUUCAACUUUCGAUUGAGAAAUUCACAGAAACUCACCGUGUUAACACUGCUUAGCAAUGACACAAACACGCUUGCCCAAGUGUCCACCGGCGAGGGCAAGUCGUUGAUUGUGGUAGCUGUAGCCAUCAUCAAGGCAUCGCAGGGCCAGAAGGUGGAUAUUAUCACCAGCUCGUCGGUGCUGGCCAAGAGAGACGCCGAGCAGAGCAAAUCCAUCUACGCUAAAUUUGGUAUCAACGUGUCCCACAACUGCAGCGAAGACAUCGAGAAGCGAAAGGAAGCCUACUCGGGGAAUCAGGUUGUGUACGGAGAUCUUUCCAGCUUUCAGCGGGACUAUCUGCUGCACAAGUUUUACCAGAAGAACGUACUGGGUGACCGAGAUUUCGUGAACGUCAUCGUUGAUGAAGUGGACAGUAUGCUGCUGGACAGGGGUAAUAACAUGCUGUAUUUGUCACACGACUUGCCCGACAUGGACAAACUGGAGUCCGUGUACGUGUUCAUUUGGCAGUGGGUGAACAACAGUUCAAAUGGAUUUGACUCCACUUUAAUUAGAGAUGCAGUUUUGUGGCAACUAUAUGGAGUAUUAAAGUGCACAGACAUCGGCAAGAUAGAUGCGACGUUGAGCGAGGAAAAGCGAAACUUUAUCUGGAACAAGCUUGUCGAGGCCAAGAUAAUUGACGGUGAUGGCAAGUUGAUGACAGAAAACAUCAAGAAUGACGUCCUCGGUGAGUUGCUGGGAUCCGAAUACUCUGUUUACCUUGAUCGUUUGGAGUACCUACUGAUGGAGUAUAUCAACAGAGAGAAGUGCAUCCACGUGCCCAAUUAUUUGCGAUCAUUUGUGGAUUUGCACCUGGAGUCGUGGAUCGAAGCUGCCAAGAUGGCUCUCGUCAUGGAAGCUGGCCACGACUAUGUGGUCGAUGUUGAUCGGAGCGGAAGCAGUGCCGAUAGAACGCCCAACAUUACGAUCCUGGACAGAGACACGGGCACAGAUUUGGUGAAUAGUCAGUGGGAAGCGGCGCUGCACCAGUUUGUACAGCUGAAACACGGUUGCAAGACGUACCUGCAGAGCUUGAAGGCAGUGUUCAUCUCGAAUGUAACGUUCUUCAAGCUGUACGACAAAUUGUACGGUUUAUCUGGCACAUUGGGAUCACACAGGGAACGGGAUUUGCUGGAGGAGAUUUACUGUGUAAAUUUUGUAAAUAUUCCCACGGCAAAGUGUAAACUGUUUUACGAGGAUGUUCCCAUCGUUUGCAAAAGUGCUGCUGAGUGGACCGAUGCCAUCAUCGAAUCCACUAUGCACAUGACCCAGCGAAGGCAGCGUUCUGUUCUGAUAAUUUGUGAAACAUUGAAUGACGUGACUGCGCUUUAUAAAGCUUUCGAAGGAAAAACGUCGACCCACAUCCGCACUUACACUCGCGAGUACGAAGAGUUCGACAUAGGAGAACUACCGCCGGGUCAGAUAAUCAUCGCCACUAACCUAGCAGGUCGAGGAACGGACAUAAAAAUAACUCCCGAAUUGAAAAAAGCCGGUGGAGUGCAUGUUUGCUUGACCUAUCUGCCGAGCAACAUCCGCGUUGAGCAGCAAGCAUUCGGACGGGCAGCUAGAUGUGGUGACCGUGGAUCUGGCCAACUGAUUGUGCUGGAUCUGACAGAAUCCGCGAACGUAAUGCAGCUCAAACGGGAGCGAGAUUCGCGUGAACUCUGCCGAAUCUCGCUGAUCAAGGCGUACUAUGAAACUCGUAUUGCGAAGGAAGAAACCUGUUUCAAGAUGUUUACCGAGCAAUAUGACGCGCUGAGAAAGCUGCUUUCAACUAGUGCUGUCACUAAAGGCGAUGAAAAGCUGAUAGAAAUUCUGUUGAGUUGCUGCUUGGACAGAUGGGUGUAUUGGUUGGAUAAAAAUGGGAAGAACUUGGUGGACAACUCUGAACAGCGCUCACGCAUACUGGAGAGAUCGCUGGUUGAUUUUUUGGUGGAGCUAAAAUCUUUGAAUGCUGCAAGUAACGAAUCCCUGCUGGAAUGGGUCGAUACUAGUAUUCCCCGUAUGAUUAGACUUGGUCAGUACCUUGCAGUGAAUAAGCAAAGAGAGCUGGCCCAUAAGCUGUUUGACAAGGCAAUCGCAAUGGAGCCACAAUUUUCGGAGGGUGCUUACUACUACAAAGCGUACGCACUGUCUACAGAAAUUAACAUGACUGCCAUCAAUGAGCCAAAGAUACAAACCUUUUCACAGCUGCUACGUAAAGCAGCACACCUUUUCGACGAACGUUGUGUGCAUCUGAUGGCGAAUGUGAUAGUGGUCGAAAGGAUAAAAACCAACUUUAAGAACAACAUUCUUCCAAUUACUGCUUACAAGGAACAAAAGCAAACGAUCUGCAAGUUCUACGGAUCACUCACACAAUCCAUCGAUGCCAUUCUAGGUCAUCCGGUCACUGGAACAUCUUUCACGGACGACAGCAACAUCAAAAAUGGGUUGUCAUUGGAAAUAUUUUACGCUUUACUUGAACACAAAAUUAUUCAGCACCCGACAAUUAAGGAAAACAUUACCGAGGACGAAUUGAAAGGGCUUUGCUAUGGUUAUGGUACAUCGGCGGAAAAACUUUUAAACUUUCUUAAAAACUGUCGGAAAAAUCAGGAAAAAUCGAUAGAGAUUGAACAGUUUUCACGAUUGCUAAAAAAAGAGAUAAAGCUACCAAGCAGAGAAGAUUUUUGGAAAUUUCUCCUAGAGCAGGGCGUCUUGAGAGGCGAACAACAGUACAUCGUAUUGGAUAGAAAUAUGUUAUCAUUUGAAUACAUGAAAUUCUUUGAUGAGAAAGUAACACAACACGCGCUGAAGGUAACGAAAGUGACCCCCGACGCAGGAGAGCUUUUGCUGUAUCCCGAUCAGCUGCUGAAUGAAAAUGUGUACUCCAAGACGCCACUGAAGACAGCUCUUGGGCCGGUGAAAUAUGCGAUAUUCAAAGAAAUUGGAGCAAUUACGUUUCAAAGAAAAGCACGAUUAAAUCUAGAUGGAAACGAUUUGGAGUCUCUAAAUUUUAAUCGCUAUGAUUCGGUCUGUUUAGAAGACUUUUCCAAGCUUAACAUAAAUACAAACGAUGCGAAACGUAUUCUGGUUCUGUUGGUACAGCUUCAAGUUUUGAGCAGACAAGAAUUGAACAAAGAAGUCUACGUUCUGCGUUGUGAUUACUCCAAGAUUAAAUCAAUCCAGCUGGGACCGUACAAGAUUUACGAGGAAGACGUUAAAGAUUUGUUAAACCAGUGCUUUUGCUACAGGAUUGCGUUCCAAAGGGUGUUGAGCUGUGUUAGAGAAAAUAAAUUCCUUGAUAUAACGUUGAUGUCUAAGCCACAUCGAAGAUUUGUAGCAGACCUGCUUGCAAGUGGAAUCAUCGAACCGGCUAAGGUUUCCGCGAAUAUGAGCGAAAAUUCUGUUGGCAAUGCGUUACAUUUUCUGGACGAAAAAAACAGCUUUGUAAAUGUUGUUCAACGAUUGGAUAGCUUAAAAGGAACCAUGUGCAAACUCAAGUUGGAUCAAUUUUCAACACAUGACCAGUGCGCAAGCAUCGAAGAAUGGAGUCAAUUUUCACUGAAUGGAGUCGAUUUGCUACUGCAAAAGGACAACAUCACCCACGUCAAGAUUGCUUUUACAUUUCUGUGGGGUGCAACUCAAAUAGCGUCUGUGCUUUUAUUUAAUCCAUAUCUACGCAAACCUGUACGUAUGGCUCAAGAUAUAAGCAAGUUCACGGCCGGUUGGAAAAACAUCUGCAGUGCAUUCCGUAUGGCUUGCAGCUUGUACAGCAAUGAUUACUAUAAACUGAAAUAUAACAAUUUUUUGAAACGAGUUGCAUUUAUGGCAGCCCAUUACUUUGGAGUGGGGCAAGACAGGUUUAUGAGAUUUGCUACUCAUGUUUCUGAACCCGGCAAACGAGACACUCAGCACGUGAGACGGUUAGUUACACCGUUGAUCCGUGGAUUCGACGUCGUUUCCGACAAUUCUAGUGUUAUCUUUUUAAUUGAGGAUCGCCUCCAAUUGAUAUGCGCAAAGUUAAGUGAUGAAAUACGAACGAUAGUAGAAAAUGAGGAAACUUUUAAGGAUUUUGGAGAAUGUUUAGGCAAUACUGCACAAUUAAUGGGUGUCGAAAAAGCUCGACAAAAUUUUGAUACUAUUACGGAAAGUCAUUUUAAAAGACAACAAUAUUUUACAAAUUUUGGAAAGAUUUUUGAGAAAAUUUCGGAAAAUAUUUUGCAAAUCAUUUCCAAGUCAACGCAGCGACUCAAUAUACACAAGUCAGUUGUGUCAAUUUUGUCAGACGAAGUAAACGAAGUGACCAAAACAUCGAUUUCAAGCCACGGUCCAAAACUGAUGAUGAAUGUUGGCCAAAUUUUACGAGACUUGUCUGAUAAGCUAAAGUUACAGUUUGCCAAUGAAGAACCAGUUGAGAAUCCACCAGAAAUCAACUCUAUUGAGGUAUUCGCGACAGACGCUUCUAAUCGUGUGAAGGAGAUUUUGCGUGAAAGGUUGGAAACUAUUUUUCAGCAAGUCAUCCACAAACCAGUGCUAGAGAAAGGCUCAUUUCUGCUGAUGAAUUACGCUGAACGAUGCAUUGAACUCAAACUGGGCACCGAAGAAGAAGCCAAUGCGAGUGAAGAUUUCACCAAAAAGGUACAAAUUGAGAAGCUUAAAAAAGAGGCCGAAAAAAAGCGCCAGGCGCUGGCAAUGACUCCGGUCGAGAAUCUUCUCGAUCAGCAGUUCAACGAAGCAUUGGUCAAAUGGAAACAGAGUUCUACCGAGCUGGAGCGACUGGCAGUCUGCAUUCGCAGAGGAAAAGCGAUCGACGUUCAAUAUCUGGAACUUUGUUUGGACGCUGCGCGGUUCGUUCUUUUGCGACGAGCAGUGGUCAUUUCCAGUAUCUGCGUAAAUCUUGCGAAUGGCACUGAAGCAAGAAAGACAUAUUCCUCUCCGCUUAACUUCAAAGGAAUCGCAAAUGACCUCCAUCUGAUAAACAACAAAUUCCGCGUUGGCCAAACUGGCAAGACCCCCGGAAAGCCAACCCCCGACAGCAACUGCCUGUACGAUUGCCUUCUUGGGAGCAUUUUUGAGCUGCGAUCGAUCCCUUCGAAGCAGUUCGCACUGGAGAUCAGCCAACACUUGGGGAAAAUGUCCGAAAAUGAAACCAACACCAAUCCGUGUUUGAAAACCGUCCUGGACCUCAGCAAACCGUCGACCAUCAGGGAACUGUGCUUCGCACAAUUUUGUCAAACCUGCUUCGAGUGUCCUUCCAGGGGAGUCAUCGCUUACGGUGACCUGCUGGAGCGUGCUAAAAAUAGAAACAACCAUGCCUCAGACUGGCACGGCCGUGGUGGUGCUCAUCGCGUUGAAGUUGUUUCAUGUUACGGUUCGCAACAGUUUGUGAAAGCUGGAUUCAGCAGGAACGCUUCGACAGAUACGAUCUACGGGAAGUCCAUGUCCGAUUUGAGGGAGGCGUUUUUGGCGGUUUAUAAUUGAAACUUGAAACUAAGAGAUCAAGGGAUUCCAUCUAGAAAUUUGGCAAAAGUAAUGUGAGAAAUAUAAAAUAAUGAUUGGAGGUUGGCCUGGUACUGUCAAAAGUAAAUUCAAGCAUAAAAAUGCAUUUACCUAAAAGUUUUAAAAAUAAAAAAAAAUAAACAAAUUGAGUAUAUCCUAAUGAAAAUUACACAAAAUGAUCUACUAACACGAAAAAAAAAUUACAUAACUAAAACAUAGCUUGUACUUUGUUUAAUCUUACAUUAUCAAUCAUAUAACAUAGGAGAUAAUUUUUAAAUGUUAUUAAUCCAAAAGUUGCAACGUCAAUUAAAAAAAAAAAACAAUAUACAAAAACAUCGGUUUAUGUGAUGCAUUUCCCACACCGGCAUUUUUUUAAUUUUAUAUCUCUAUUCUGUAGUUUAUAUUCAAUCAUAUUAAUUAAUAAAUAUUAAUUCA